CUCCCCCGCCCCCUCUGUCGUCUCUACGCUGGGAGCAGCUCUCCUACCACAGCCCGACACCCCUGAAAAUGUACACCUGCUCCAAGUUUGUCUCCACCCCUUCCUUGGUAAGGAGCACGUCUCAGCUGCUGAGCCGACCGCUGUCUGCAGUGGUGCUGAACCAACCACAGACACUGACAGAUGAGGGCCUCAGAAGCUUGGCAGUCCCACGUACCCUGACCUCACUUGUCCCCAGUCGCAGCUUCCAAACCAGCACCAUUUCAAGGGACAUCGACACAGCAGCCAAGUUCAUUGGAGCUGGGGCUGCCACAGUUGGGGUGGCUGGCUCUGGAGCUGGGAUUGGCACUGUGUUUGGAAGCCUCAUUAUUGGUUAUGCCAGGAACCCUUCUCUGAAGCAGCAGCUCUUUUCCUACGCCAUUCUGGGCUUUGCCCUCUCAGAAGCCAUGGGGCUCUUUUGCCUGAUGGUGGCCUUUCUCAUCCUCUUCGCCAUGUGAAGGAAACGUCUCCACCUCCCAUAGUUCUUUCUCCCAUGUCUUGUCUGCCCUGUAUGUUCCUUUUCCUAUACCUCCCCGGAAGUCUGGGGAAAGUCUGGUUGGCUCAGGGUUUGACAGAAGGAAGACAAAUAAAUACUGUAUUAAUAAGAUGUUUCUUGA